AUGGCACUAAAAACAGGGUUUCUGCAUGGAAUAUCUCAGCCUCGUCCCUACCCUAAUCGGUUCCGCGCGACCACCGCAUCCGAACUGUCUCCCCAUUCGAUCCUGGACGACGUGACCGGCUUACUCAACGUCAUGCUUGCGCAGGAUGACCGGCUCACCGAGUGGAACGAAGAGCUUGGAGGGGACAUCAAGCGCCUGCGUGGCGCGCUUGAGAUACCCGAGGAGACGCAGGCCAAGAUGGAGGAACGUAUGAGGGAGAUGAAUGAAGGCAUGAGGAAGAUGGAAAAGCAGCUGGUGGCGCUAGUGGAGACGACGCGCAGGAAUCUGAGCUUACAGUCCCAGACCAACGCCAAAUAUGCGAACGUGCUCCGGGGGGUCCCGCCAAUACCCGCGAGUAGCAGCCCGGCAUCCAGCGUCGCCGUACCGGUGCGCGCGAACUACACGGCCGUCUCUACGACUCUAAUAAUGCUCUCCGCGAUUGAACUCGACCUCAAAGAUAUCAGCAUCGGAAUGCGCUGCCGGCGCCUGAUCCAACGGCCGACCGCCGAAGCCUCCGCAGCUGCCCUUGACACUCGGCAACUCGAAGGCACAGGCGUAGUCGUCUACCACGACGGGCGGGGCUGCAUGCGGGCCUACGGCCUGCUCCGGCUGACGGUCCAGAUGUUUGACGUCUUCAGGAACUACGGCGACGGACUAUCGGUGCUAUCCAUGAACACGUACACGCACUGCCGGCGGUACAUGUUGAACCAGAUCGGAAAUGCAGGCUUUGUCGCCGACAUGGCCACCUGGGAUGGACUGGUCCGGGAGAAUAGCACGCCGGGGAAAUCGACCGUCGGGAUCCAGGUCGACUUCUCGGCCUUUGUGGGGGAUGAUGGUAUGGCAGGGGAAUGGGAUGAGUUUGUGACAGCCGUUCUGGACUAUUUCAGGGCCGGGGGAGGUACUUCGGUGCGCGAUGUCCUGGUUGAUGACGCUUUCGCUGUUGGCCGAAAGGUCAGGAGACAGGAGACGGGGCUCAAGCCAAGGCAAGACAAUCAGGUGUGCGCUACACCAUUGGAUAUUCGUGGAUACUUUGUCGAGGAGCAGCCUGAGGUUCCGGAUACUGAGGUCCGGUGCUAA